AUGAAGCCUGAGGGUUUCAAAAGGCCGUCAUCCUACUACUGUGGUGAAGCCGAGGCAGCCCAAGCCAAGGACACCAGUUCCAGCGCACCUGUAGGCGUCACUCUCAUAGGAUAUAGAAAAAUUCCCAUACCAGAUUAUGUGCCAUCUGCAGCAGUCCAGUUGGGGACAUUUAGCCCGGAUUCACCUGAUGGCUUGCAUGGUAGGUACUUU